AUGACCGGGUUACCUGAUUCUGAAUCGUCGGUCUUUGCAUCACAUCAGCCUACUCAACUUCCGCCAGUGCAACAGUUUGCUCAACAACCGCCAUACCAUGCUGCGACUUAUGGAUCUGUACCUGUGACGCCUAUCAGCGCAUUUGCGCCACCGCGAACGAAUAGUAUCAGCCAGUCGCCUGCUCAGGACUCACGAACAGACACGCCUGAUGGCGAGCGCGCAAAGCCUAAGCAGAAGCGCAAUAAGCCUACGCUUAGUUGUGAGGAGUGUGUGGAGCGCAAGACCAAGUGCGACCGAGGACGUCCGGGGUGCUUGGCUUGCCUCAAACGGCAAUCGACUUGUAGAUACACCCACGUUGCCAACUUGAUUGCUGAUGCAAGCCAAAAAGAUAAUGGCGUCGACAAGCAAAGGCAUAUGGUGAAGCCUCCACCGGCCAAGAUUCGGAAACUCGAUGGCUCUUUCGAUGGCUCUUCGUCCUCACCAACAAGUGCUUCUGGCAUGAAGCAAAUAAGAACUGACCUGUUCUCAAAAUUCCAUCAUCGUUCACCCCGCGAAACCUCUGUCGGUUUUGGUUCGCCGUUCUUGCAAUCACAGGUUCCAUUUUCCAAACAGACACCAUCCAAUAUCUUCGGGAUUGGAUCUUCACAUCCUUUCACAAAUUACUGGACCUGUCAAGGCGGACUACCCGAGGUUCUUGCGGUACUCCCGAGCAAGCAACAGGCUGAUAUUCUGAUCGCCAAGUACUUUGAAUGUGUGGCUCCUGUAUAUCCAUUCCUACAUCGACGAACUUUCUACGUGGCGUACGAGCGCUUUUGGGCCCUUCCGGAAAGAGAACGUGAGACCGCGGAUGCUGAUCUGAUCGCUCUACACUUUGCGCUAUAUGCUAUGGGUACACAGUUCAUGGACCUUGCAAGUUAUGAUGCGAAAAGUUCGAGCGCCGAGUUCUUGGCCUCUGCUGCUAAUCAAGCACUCCGGAUCUACUCUUAUCUGAACAGAUCGUCUCUCAGAGCUCUGGGUGCUCAGAUCUUGCUCUGCUACUUCUUGAUGAAUGACAACCACGCAUCAGACGCCUACGCUUGGUCCGGAAUCAUCGUACGACAAGCCUACGCACUACGCCUCCACCGCGACCCGGACAUCAUUCUCCCCAACAUCUCACCCGUAGAAAAGCACACCCGACGCAGAUUCUGGCAAGCCAUCCUCUACCAAGACACCUUCCUGACCGUACUCCUCAAACUGCCUCCAACAGCAACCCACAGCGACGUCUCCAUUGACUCCCUCGCCAACGAAACAGAACUCGAAGCCCAAGACUCGACUCGCUACACGGGCAGCAGCGCCCGCAUCGAAAACCUCAUGAGCAUCUCCGUCAUCGCACCACCCCAAGACACGCCCAAACAACCCGAACCCCCCAUCCUGCCACACCAACGCAUCACCGAAGACGUGGACAAAGCAGAUGUGCUAUAUAUAAAAUGCCUAUGGCGUCUCGCCCUCAAAGUGCAAGAACACCUCUGCUCGCCAAUCUCCCUCUCCAUACCCAUAGCCAAAACCCCUCGCGCAAAAACCUCUCUCGCCAAUUCCUUUCGCGAGAUUUGGAAAGCUGCUCCGAGUUUCCUUACCACUUCUGACUAUGAGACGCUGAGGCAAAUGUCUUUGCAUAGUGGAAGAGCGGUGCGUCAGAACUUGUUCUUUACAAGUAAUUUUUAUCAUUGUUUGAUGAUUAUCCAAGCCUUUGAAGAUGCGGAAGUGGGCGUAGAGUUGAAUUUCAGAGGUGCUUUGGAGGCCGCUCAUGAAGCUAUCUGGGCAUACUUUAAGCUCAAUGACUUUUUCGAGGGUGAUGCGGGCGUGUGGUGGGCUUUCCAACAUCGGGCUUUCGAGGAAGCUCUCACCAUGACCGAUCUACUGGCCACUCUACCAGCCAACGAAGCAAAUUCCAAAGAUCAGCUGUAUACAAAGUGCAAGGAGGCUGUAAGGAGAAUGAUUGAUCUGUUGCAAAGGCAAGGAGGUUCUCAAGAGAUGAAUAAGCAUAGACAUGGUGCUUUGCUCACUGCUUACGAGCAUGUUGCCAUCUGA